AUGACACGGCUCUACCCUGCUGCUCCAGCCCCGCUCUUAUGCACCCUCGCCGUCCUGUUCAAAACGUCUCUGGCAGUGAACCACGUACCGAUGCUGCUUUGGUCAACUCGGAGUUCACAGUGGAAUCCAGACACUGCUUUGCACGAAGGACACGUUGUCUCAGCACAGGAGCUGACUGGACUCUUGCAACCUGUUUUUACCCAGAACUCCAGAAACCUCAUCUUGUUCCUGCAAGAUACACUUAGCGUAGAGGAUUUCACGUACCUCACUGAAUCCUAUGGGAGCAAGAAUCCAUUUCAAAACGUUCAGGAAAUUCUUCAGUCUUCUCCUUCGUCUUUAGUUUUGCCAGCUGUUGACUGCAAAGCUACCAGGUAUCUUCUGAGCUUUCUUCAGGAGUCAGGAGAUUGGAAGUUAACAAACGUAACUGAUCUCAAUGUCUCUCAGCUGGAAGUGGAUACAUCUAAAUCAAACUUACUGGUGGUUCAGCUACAACCACUUGUCAGUGUUUUAAAUGAGAUUUCCACCCUGGAAGCAAUUGCUGAAAAUGACAAAAUAAUUGGAAGACUGACCAUGGAUCUGCAGGAACGAGGGAUUCAUUUUUCAGUAAUUUAUACUGCAAUGAAACCUUCAAGGAUUACUAGAAGAACUGAUGUGGUGGGGGAAUUAAGACGACAAUUAAUGGCCACUGAGGAAGAAGAUAGUUUAUCAUAUUCUCCUCUGAAUGUGACCACUGGAAAUAAUACAUGCAUCCUUUUUUAUGCUAGUAAUUUCAGCCUCAAAGCCAACAGUUCAGUUUUUAUAGAUUUGACAAAUGCAACAUUUGUAACCCAGAAUGUGGAUAUCUCUUCCUCUGAGUGCUCAGACAUCAACACAACACUGUCAUUAAAAUACACAAAUCCAGUGAAUGGAAUCAGCAGCCUAGAGAUAAGGUUUUUAAUGGCCAACAAGUUCUAUGGAGGCUCGGCUAGAAAUUGGUCCACUUUAGAUUCAGUUGAGAUUGUUCAAGAUGGAGAAAAGUUUGCUAGAUUUAAUGUUUCUGUCAUCUCUGCUCCUGCAGAGUAUUCAUUUCAUUGUCAGCUGGUGGGAACAAGCAAUCUCUAUCCUACAAGGUUGAUUCCAUCCAACAACGAGGCAAAGAACUGGGAUGUUUUCAUUUCCAGGUUGCAACUUCAAGGCUUCAACAUUGAAAACAACCAAUUUUCCUAUGCAAGUGACUGUACAGGCUUUUUCUCUCCUGGAAUCUGGAUGGGUUUGGUGACAUCUGUAGUUCUACUGUGGAUCCUGGCCUAUGGAAUCCAUAUGAUCAUGCAGCUCACAACAAACAGCAGAUUUGAUGAUCCCAAAGGUCCAGCUCUGUCAGUUCCUCAGACAGAAUAACCAUGGAUUGAUUUAAUGCUGCUAUGGCUUUUCCUGUUCUGAUAUUUAUGAUUUUUAUAACUUUCACUUCAU